AUGGACACAGCACACUUUCCCUAUGCGCAAAGCCGUCUCCUCGAGUACGUGGGGUUUCGUGAAGCGGCCACAUUUGUCCUGGUCGUCAUCCUCCUGACGGCGUUGAUCAAGGAGACCAACAAGACCGACAUUCCCAAGAUCAAGAAUCUACCAGAGAUCCCGGGCGUGCCCCUGUUCGGCAGCUUGUUCCUGCUCGGUCGUCACCAUGCUCGCAAUUGCGCACGCUUGGCCAAGGACUACGGUGAUGUUUUCCAGGCUCGCCUCGGCAACCGUCGUUUCAUUUACGCCAACUCUUUCGAGUCGGUCAAGGAGCUCUGGAUCAAGAACCAGUCGGCCCUCAUCUCGCGGCCCAAGUUUUGGACUUUCCACGAGGUCGUGUCCGAGACCCAGGGCGUCUUCACCCUUGGCACCUCGCCAUGGAACGAUUCGGUCAAGCGCGCGCGCAAGGCUGCUGCCACGGCGCUGAACCGCCAGGCCGUGCAGACCUAUCUCCCUUUCAUUGACCUUGAGUCUACGACGAGCAUCAACGAGCUGUUCCGCAACCUCAAGCUCGAUAAGAACAUAGACCCCAACGGCUACUUCCAGCGCUUCUCCCUCAACAUCUCGCUGACGCUCAACUACGGCAUACGCCUCGACGGCACCGUCCGCGACCACGUGCUCAACGAGGUCGUCACCGUCGAGCGUGAGCUGGGCAACAUUCGCGGCAUCGCCCACAACUGGCAGGACUACGUGCCCCUGCUGCGCCUCUGGCCCGGCUUCAAGAAACAGGCCAUCAAGUUCCGCGGCCGCCGCGAUGACUACAUCCUGUCCUUCUUCGAGCAACUCAAGGAACGCAUCGCCAAGGGCACCGACAACCCCUGCAUCGCGGGCAACGUCCUCAAGGACCCCGAGGCCAAGCUAGCCGACAACGAGCUCAAGUCCAUCUGCCUCACCAUGGUCGCCGCGGGGCUCGAUACCCUCCCCGGCAACAUCAACAUGACCAUUGCCUACCUCUCGUCCGAGCACGGCCAGGAGAUUCAGGAGAAACUGCACAAGGAGCUCAUCAAAGCCCACGCUGGCGAAGAUCCCUGGCACGCCUGUCUGGUCGAGGAGAAGUCGGAGUACAUGCGCUCCUUUGUCAAGGAGGUCCUCCGCUACUGGUCCACUCUCAAUCUAUCCUUCAACCGCCAGAGCACCAAGCCCAUUACCUACAAGGGUGCCACGAUCCCAUCCGGCACCCCUUUUCUUCUCAACAUGUGGGCUGCCAACCACGACCCCGAGCACUUUACGCGCCCCAUGGACUUCUUACCCGAGCGCUUCAUGGGUAUCGACGAAGUCGGCGCUGGCACGCAGCACUUUGGCUACGGCGCGGGCACCAGGAUGUGCGCCGGCGCCCACCUCGCGAAUCGUGAGCUGUACGCCAUCUUCUCCCGCCUCGUCCUCGCCUUCCACAUCCGCGCCACCGACGACGUCAAGUCUCGCCCCAUCCUUGACACCAUCGAGUGCAACUCGGUUCCCACGAGCAUGGUCACACAGCCGAAGCCCUUCAAAGUGAAGUUCGUGCCACGCGACGAGAAGAAGCUUGACACGUGGAUCACCGAGAGCUUCAAAGCUACGGAGCACCUGUAG